AUGAAGCUUCAAGUCAGCCUUUUAACCAUCACCGCUGCCCUCCUUUCCACUCCAGCCUUGGCAAUUGCAGUCCCAGUCCCCGACCCAGCCCUCCUACCAGCCCAAACCUCAGGAGCAAGCCACAACCCAAGCACAAAAUACAACUGGCAUUUCGAUCUCUUCAAGGACAAGAAAUGCAACGACGCUGCAAUCAACAUCAGCGGCAGCGGAUCGAGCGGAUGCCGAACAGACGUUCCAAAGGGCGGGAUCCUCGCGUUUACCAGGGUGAACGUUGAUCCGCACUGCACGGUGACGCUGUACCAGGAUAGCAAGUGCUCGAAGAGCCAUGAUAUCGGGACUAUUCAUUCCGACUCGAAGACGAGCUGUGCUGCGGCUUCGAAGAAGAAGGCGCAUGUUAAGAGUUUCCAGGUGAAGUGUUAG